CUGUAUCCAAUCCCCCCAAAGAAAAGAGAUAUGUAUCCAAACCCUAGCCAGUCCUUCCGGAUGAAAUCGAUCCUCGCAUCCAGAAGAGUUCAGCACAAGGCGGCGCUGCGAUCGUGACGUUCCGGAAACCCCUUCCCGGUUCCAUGUCAUCUUCGCCGCCAGCGCCCGCUAAGGAGGACGAGGAGGUGAGGGCGGAGACGGUGGACGGAGAGGCGCCGAGUCCACUACAGGCCGCGGAGGCCGCCGUCACAGGGGUACUCGACGGAGCUGCAGCGGCGAACCGCACCACUUUGUUUGGGCGCGAGGGGGUGAACUUCGGAAAUGAUCAGCAAGAGGAUAUGGACAACAGCGACGGUGAUGACGGCGAAGAGGAGGAUUUCGAUGAUGAUAUGGUCGACUACGACUUAGACGAGUCCGAGUUCGGUGCCGAUGAGGUUGAGUUCGGCUCUGGUGAGGAGGGAGGCCCUGUGUUGUUGCAGAGAGCAGAGUUGGAGGCUACGGUGGAGGCCCUGUGGCGCAAGGUUGCCGGCGUUGUUGAGGAGAAGCCAUCGGCGGGGAACACAAACACAUGCUUGGUGUGUAUGGAGCCCUUGACCUGCGAAGGCCAUCAUCGCAUCUGUUGCAUUCCUUGUGGACAUGUGUACGGCAGAUCUUGUCUGGAGAAGUGGCUGCAUAGUGCUGGUAAGGAGAGCGCCAAGUGCCCUCAAUGUAAGCUGCAGUUUGAGGACAAGCUUAUUAUCAACCUAUACACGGCAGCAAAUUUGGGGGACGGGUGCGGCACUAUACAGGAAGUGAAAGUUUAUGUUAGUAAGGCCUUGGAUGAUGUGUUCGAACAGUGCAAAUACCAGGGUAAGACCACCACUACGCGAUUAACAGCCCUGCAUGACGUGGUGGAUCAGAUACAGAAUGUAGUGCUGACUCGGAUGAUCAGCUUGAAGGAAGAGCUGGCCACGGCCAGUGCUAACCUGAUGUCCAUGAAGGAUUGGAUAAAGAAGAUGGCCGAAGAAGAAGGUGUGAUGCCCAAGGAUCUGGUGGAGUUCGUUGAGAAGAAUUGCCCUCAACUUCCAUCCUUAACCGUACCCCAACUGCCUACUCCAGCUGAUAGCUGACUGAUGCAUGCACUGUUAAUUAAGUUGAUUAAAGUCCUGUCAUACUAUAUAUACUUAUCUUAUCGCUAGAUUGACGAAAAUGCACUUUGGUGGCCGAGCUACCUGGAGGCCGUUAUCCCA